CGCACCUACGGUGCAAUAAUGUCACUUAUGCAAUUUUUUUCAAAACUUAACUGAUUAUGAGAAAAUACUCCAAAUCCACCGCUUUACUUGGUGCGUUAUUGUCAUUUGUGUAGUACGCAAACUGUCCACGUGAGGGCAUUAGUGUCGUUACGGUUUUGGCGCGAAUCUGGACGGCACUGGGAGAAACAACGUUUCAUCGUUCAGUUGCGCGCGGCCCCCCGCACGAGUAGUUGUCUUCUGGAGCUACAACGUUACUAAGAAUGAACCAACGCGGCAAACACCUAGUGCUACUUGCACUUUCUGAUGGCAACAAAAACUCGAUUGAAGUUCAAAAUUUAGCCAAUUUUACAAUGUUACCUUAUUCAGAAACAGAAAAUGCAUUGUCUAUUACAAAUUCCGAAUGUCCAGUAUCACCAUCCAACCUAGAAGACCCAACAAUAACUACUCCAGAGCAGCAUGACACUACCUUCGAGAACCACGGUAACUCUCCAUCUAUUUUAUUUGCGACUAAUAAAUCGUAUGAACAAGAGGGUAUCGACUUUCAAACAGGCGAUUUCUCCGGCACUGAUUCAGGAGAUGAAUACAGGCCUGGCCCUCGUUCAAGAUCGUCUUCAUCCAGUAGCUCCAGUAGCUCCAGUAGCUCUAGUAGCAGUUCCAGUGAUUCUCCUGCAGAAAACAAUAAUUCUAAUAAUGAGAGUCUAGUUCACGAGUAUAACCAACCAGCGGAAACGAUAACUAAACCGAGAGGCAAAAAGCGUACGCGUAAUCCAACGAACUGGAAAAAAAAUGUUGCUAAGCGAUUGAAAAACUCUGGAAAAACGUAUAUCUCAAUAAAAACCAAAAAACUAAAUCAAAGUAAAACAAUAGGACCUACAUGUACAACUAAAUGUCGGUUGUCCUGUGCUGCUAAAUUUACUGAACAAAAAAGGACGGAAAUCUUUGAGUCUUACUGGAAGUUGGAGAGUUUAGAGAGGCAACGGGGUUUUUUAAACACCUGUACAAGACCACUAAAAUGUGCUUACCGCCGCAUAAAGACUGACAAAAGGUAUGACAGAAAAGCAAACAACGCAUUUUACUUGCUGAAUGAGAAUAAAGAAAUCCGCGUCUGUAAAACUUUUCUCAUUAACACUUUGGGUAUCACACAACGGGUUAUACGGACUGUUAUCGACGGCAGAGCUCAGAAUGAUGGUUUCAUUCCACCUGAUCAACGAGGAAAACACGGAAAACAAUGUACCUUGGGACCUGAAGUUAUACAAGCAGUAAAGGAUCAUAUCGAAUCAAUUCCAAGGAUUGAGAGUCACUAUCUCAGGGCUAGUACUAGCAGACAAUUUAUUGAUGGGGGUUUGACAGUGGCAGAACUACAUAGAAAUUAUUCAGAAAGUCAGAAACAACAGAACAAGCCUAUUGUGAACUACGACGCUUACUCACGAAUUUUCAACCAAGAUUUUAACAUUGGAUUUUUUAAACCUAAAAAAGAUCGGUGCGAUGAGUGUGAAGCAUACGAAAAUGCCUCUGAAGAAGAAAAAAAUAAAUUACGUGAUAGUUUCAAACUGCAUCAAGAAGAAAAAAGCUUAAGUAGACUUGAGAAAGAAAGGGAUAUGAAAAGAUGUCAUGAACCUAAUAACAACACAAUUGUUUUCACCUAUGACUUACAAGCGGUGUUACCAUGCCCUGUUGGCAAAUCAAGCUCUUUUUACUACAAAUCAAGACUGAAUUGUUAUAAUUUAACUAUAUCUAAUGCAAACAAGCAAGAAACCACCUGUUAUUUUUGGCACGAAGGGUUGGCCAAUAGAGGAGCCAUUGAAAUAGGGUCGUGUGUGUAUAAAUACUUAGAACAGAUUGCAUUCGAAAAACCAGGCUGCGAUGUCAUUAUUUACUCUGACAAUUGCUGUGGUCAGCAAAAAAAUAGAUUUGUUUUUGCUAUGUACUACUAUGCAGUGACUCGCUUAAAUAUUAACUCCAUUCAACACAACUUUUUGAUUCGAGGCCACACGCAGAACGAAGGUGAUGCAGCUCACUCUGUAAUAGAAAAAUCUGUGACUAGAGCCAAAAAUGCUGGAUGUAUUUAUGUACCCGAUCAAUACAUUUCCCUUAUCCGUGGGGCCAAAAAAACUGGCAAACCGUUUGUAGUAAACGAAAUGAACUUUAACGAUUUCUUCGAUUUGAAAGCACUUGAAGAGAACAUAAACUUUAAUAUGGCGAAAAAUGUCAAUGAUCGUGUUAUCAAGACCGGUGAUAUCAAAAGUAUUAAAUUUAGCAAAAAUUCUGAAAAUUACCAUUAUCGAACCACAUACAAAACGGAUAAUUGGGAGGAAGCAAAAGCUAUUCUUCAACCCAAAAAAUUACGCGGCAAUAGAGGCAAUCGAAAAAUAGACGAAAUUACAUUGAAGCAAGCUUACAACAACAAAAUACCAAUUUCAGAACGUAAAAAGCGUGAUUUAUUGCAAUUAUUGGAAGCUAAUCUUGUGCCAAGAUACUAUGAAAGUUUUUAUAAUGAUUUAAUUUAAUUUUUGUAUUUUACCUUAAGCUUUACCAAGCCUGUGAUUCUAAGUUUAAAGUAAACAGUUAUUUUUAGUAGGUCUAGGAUAAGUGAAGUAAUUGGUAUGUGAUACCUACUGUUGAUUCAUUUAUUAAUUAUAUUUAAAUAAGGGUACAAUGACUGUGAUUCAUAGAUUAAUCAAUAGUUAAGUUCUAUGGAUAAUUGCAAUUACGAAGAUGUUGAACGAUUCCCAAUUCCAAAUUAACCCCCUGGUUAAUUUGGAAUGGGGACGAUUGUUCAAGUUUAGAUAGUAAGAAGAUAAUCUGCCAUUAAAAAGUCUGAUUAGUAUAAAAGUUACUAUUUAGAAUUCAGAAAUUUUGU